UCCAAAGUCAAAAAAAUAUAAAAAGUCCCUGUUAUGUUGCUUUAUCUCGCAGACUUCGGAUGAAAAGCCACCCAAAAAUGCGGCGUGAGAAAGGCUAAUUCGAUUUCUCCAGAGCCAGCCACAUAAGCCAUGCCCACCCUUAACCUGCGAACGGGCAUGCUCGGGGAACGAGAUUGCUGCGACAGCUGUCUUUAUAAUCCUUUAUAUGGAUUAUUUUUCACACAUGAAAUACAGCAAACAGUGAUUGGAUAAAUCAAUAAAAAUAAAAUGCUUCGUUUUAUAACAAGCAUUCCUCGUUACAUCAACAAAUCUCAAAUGUUUAGCUAUAAACGUCAGCUAUCGACAACACGAUUGGUGAAGAACAAAUUUACUUGGAAGUUGAUGUGCUUAGGUGCUAUCUCAUCGGGAUUCUAUUUCAUUUAUAUUAGCAUCCAAAAUGGCUAUACUGCAGAGAGAAAAAAGAAAGUUAUAGUCCUUGGUUCAGGCUGGGCUGCAGUCAAUUUUAUACGCAAUUUGAAGCCAGAAUUGUACGAGUUGUCUAUCGUUUCUCCAGCCAAUUACUUCCUGUUUACACCGCUUCUGCCGUCAGUCACGGUAGGCACUGUGGAAGUACGCAGUGUUGUUGAGCCAAUUCGUAAUCUCAUUCAUAAAAAACACAAAAAUACAGUGAAUUUUUACGAAGGGGAAUGCAUUGAUGUGGAUGUCGAAAAUCAGACAAUACGCUGCAAAGAUAACUCGGGUAUUAACUCAAACCGGAUAUCGAUGUUCUCUUGCAAUGCAAUAUAUUUGUGUCACAACAUUAAAUUGCAAUGUUGAUCACCAAAUUGCUUGGAGAAACUUGCAAGGGCUUUUGACAAGUUGGCUUUUUAAUAGGCGGCAAAAGCAGUUGCAAUAUUCUCCGAGCUAUUUGGUGGUCAACAUUGCCUCCCUUGGAAUUUCCAAUGAAAAUGAGAUUUUUUGUCUAUUUUUAGCUGGAAUUUCCAAAGAUUUUUUAUUCAAUUUUAAUCCAUCCCAUGGGUUAGGGUGGAAUUUCCAUAUUUAUACUUUGAUUAGUAGCUAUCCCUUGGAAAAUUCCUUAUUUUUAUCAUAUGCGUUGGAAUUUCUUGACCAUCUCAUGCAUAUUUUUCAUUUUGCUUAAAGCCGAUCUUUUCUCAGUGUUUAACCUAUACUUAGUCAAUACUCAUAGUACCCCUACAAGGUACUGUAUUUUAUUUACAACACCUUGACAGGUCUGGAGUAAGGAAAAUGUAGACUGUCAUUGGCCUGGACAUUUUUGAAAAUCAUUCUCUAAUUGACCCUGCAGGUAUAGAUAUAUAAUUAUACAUACAUUGUAUAUAGUUGACUCAAUGUUCCUUUUUCAGCUAUUCUUGGCAGCAAGUCAGAAUACACCUUGGACUAUGAUAUUUUGAUUGUUGGCAUUGGUUCUGAUAAUGCUACAUUCAACAUUCCUGGGGUAAAACAACACUGUCAUUUUCUCAAGUCUGUUGAAGAUGCUUGUAAGUUACGCAACACGGUGAUGGAUUGUUUCGAGACUGCAGCAAUACCUGGCCAACCUCAGAAUGAAAUUGAAAGAUUGCUACAUUUUGUUGUUGUUGGAGCUGGCCCAACAGGCAAGUAAUAAUUUAAUAAACCUUGUUUAUACUGUCCUGUUUGAAUACUGUACUUUGUUAAGUAUUGUUUUGGUUAUCGUUCCAUGUUUCACACACCAAUAUAGGUUAGGGGUUAGGUUUAAGGUUAGGGUGUGCAUACAGUAUAUGUAAAAGGAGGUAUCCAGUUGACUUUGCAGUACCGGUACACUAUAAUAUCUAUUACAUAACGUUUACUAUAUUGGUGCACGAAGCAUGGAACGAUUACCAUUGUUUCAAUGGUCCAACAUAGAUUUGAACAAAUUUAUUUUUAGGUGUUGAGUUUGCAGCGGAAUUGAGAGAUCUUGUGCGGGAUGAUUUAAAACGUCUCUACCCACACUUGAUCAAUUAUUGCAAAGUAACCUUGGUUGAAGCCUUGCCUCAGAUCUUGAAUGCUUAUGAUGAAAAUGUAAGAAAUGUUGUAUUUAUGUCCAUAUUCUUGGUGACGUACUGUACACUUCCAACUAAGAUGAAUUCAGGAGUUAGAAGCAAAACAAAAUAAUACUUGAAGGCAGUGAGGCAAACUAUUCAAACUUUACUUUUACUAAGUAAACACUCUAAACUUCAUUAGAUACAUCUACAAAAAUAAACCACAGCAUACUCUAAUAAUAGAAUGUUUCUCCUAGAUCAAAGAAUAUACUACAAACCACUUUAAGAAAGAUGGAAUCAAUAUUUGGACAAAACACAUGGUCACUAAAGUUGAGAAAAACUGUGUGACAGUGAAGAAAAUGGAAACAAAUGAAUUAAUUGAAGUUCCAUUUGGAACAUGUGUUUGGUCAACAGGCAUUGCACCACAAGAUCUCACCAAGAAAAUUAUGAAAAAAAUACCUGGACAAACAAACAGGUAAUCAUGUUAUUCAGACUACAUGUUGUAAAAUGUUUAAUGAACCUAUUGACAAGCACUUUCCACACGAUGAGUAAAAUAGUAUGGCAUUAGACAGAGUAAAAUACUACUAAAGUACUGUAGGGCGCAUCAGGGGUGCAUUGCCACUAAAAAGGUUAAGUUUGAAAUCAGGUACGUACAGUACAUGUGAAGGACCGUCUAUAUUUGCAUGUUUCUUCAGACAUGCCUUGUUGACUGAUUAUUAUCUGCAAGUGAAGAACUCCAAUGGUCAUAUUUAUGCUAUGGGGGAUUGCUGUACUAUCGAACAAAGAAAACUUCUAUCCGAUGUGAAGGAAAUAUUUACUGAAGCUGACAAAGAUAGUGAUGGAAAACUAAGUUUGGAAGAAUUUAAAGGUAAACCAAGAAAUGUUGUUCCAAUUUUGAGCUAUGUGUACCAGACCAACACAAGAGAAACAUCAACAUUUCAAAUACAGCCCUGCAUGAUCCUCAAUAUUUAUUCUGUUCACUCUAGCUGCUAUGGAGCAUGCACGGUACAAGUAUCCUCAGAUCUGUAAACAUUUUUCUGGUGAAGAUUGGGAUAACAGCUUGCAAAGGUAAAAUCCUUCACAUCAGUAUUUAUUUAGAACUAGGGCAGACUUCGCUCAAUGUGAGUCAUUUCUCAUGACUGAAUCCUAUUAAAUAUUUUCCAUUUAGUGCAUUUAACGAAGCAGAUGCAAAUGCAGAUGGAUGUCUUGGAAUUAAAGAAUUUGAGAAACUUCUCAAAACCGUUGACAACAAAUUAACCAGUCUACCUUGCACAGCUCAAGUUGCAAGUCAGAAAGGGAAAUAUUUGGGCAAGUUAUUUUCACAGCAUUCAGACGUCAUUGGCGAGGCAAGCGACCUGAGUGAACAAGGAGUGAAACAGUUUGAGUACAAUCAUAUGGGAAUGUUCGCCUAUAUUGGAGAUGAUAAAGCCGUAUUGCAGUUUCCAGUGAUAGGAUCGUUCAAAGGUCUGGGUGCUAUGUAUUUGUGGAAAGCUGCUUAUUUCAACGAAUCUGUUACAACCCGAACCAAGUGUUUAAUUCUGUUUGAUUGGAUCAAAAGUCGGCUUUUUGGGAGAGACACUUCAAGAAUUUAGACUGUAAGUAGUUUUUAAUGAGGAUUCUGAUGUUUAUAUAAUUAUAGAACAAGAAACGGUUCUUGCUGAUUGUAAAUGUUUCAUGCUUUCUUUGAAUAUACCUUAUAAUGUACAGCGUGACUCAUACUGAAUUAUCAACUAAAUAAAUGAAGAUGUACAUUUUUUUGCAAAGGACAUCAUUUGAAAUGUGAUUGUACAAAUUAAAGUUGUUUUUUUUACAAUAUUGAGGUUUCUCACGUGGUGCAAUUAUUUUGCAUAAAAUGAAUGCCAAGUUUAUUUAAUUUUAGUUGCCAACCUUUUCUUGAGAGUCUUUUCAAAUAUCAAAGUUGGAGGAAAGAUUGCUGUUGAGGGUAUAACAUGUUUUUCAUUCAGCAUUGUCAUUAAAAUGAUGUAAUUGCCCAAGCCACUUUAUUUUCCUUUUUGGAUUGUGGGUCUAAUCAAGAAAAACAGAAUGAAAGUGGGUGACUGACAUGAUAUGUGACCAACGCAAGAUUUCUUACCCAGCACUGAAUGUUUGUCCACCACCACUGAGAAUAAGAUAUGGUGUUUGCCCUUGCUUCUGUUUCUCAGAGAACAAUGCCACUGUAUUAAGUGGAGUAUCACCUGCAUUCAUCUUCUUUAGAGCCUAAAAAGAGUUUUAUCAUAAUAUCAAGGUUUGAAAGGCAUUUUUUAUAAGUUUUUUUUUUACAGUAUUGAAAAGUAUAUUACCAUGUCAUCAGCGAAUUUCUUCUGUCUUUUCUCACUCUUUAACUUCCCCGGAAUCUUCCCAUGAAACUUGUGUGAAAGAUAUCG